AUGCUCGAUCUGUACUUGGCGCUCAAGGACGGAGCGUGGUUGCACGCCGAAGACCCUGAUGUAUACGCCUUUUCCCAUCUCCCAUCCCACAGCAGUAACGUUCUUGUUACCGUUGAUGAUCGACGGACGAUGACGGCGACCAAGAAGCUGUCCAUGUAUUAUUCUGGCGGGGUCGUGUACCCCCGUUUUCGCGAGGAUGACACCAUUCAUGUCGUGGUGGUGGUGGCCAUCCCAUCCCCCUUACCAAACGACGAGAAGGUCGCCGUGGCCUUACCGCUUCCGGAGGAAUUCCAGUACGACUUGAGCAAGAUACCAGUGGAUACGUGCGUCGACACCAGUGCGCUGUCGGCCGCUCUCGAGCCGUUGGGCUAG